AUGAGGAACUAUCGUUGGACCGACUCGAACGGCAGGGCGCGUGAGCGCAGCGGCGAGCGCGUGCCGCGGCGCCUGACGCGCUCAGCACUGGCAAUGGCAUGGUGGCUCGCCGUCCUUUCCACGCCCAUCGCCAUCAACGCCGUGCCGCUCGAGUCCACGCAAGGAAUGCCAGACGGCGUGGGGACAGACCAUAGCUGGGUGGAGUGGCACGAAACCAGAAUGCAGCACGGCAACGGGCCUCACAUGCGACGCGACCGGCAUGAUUCUCUCUUUGUAAGGCGAAUGGGAGUGCCGUGCUGGAUUUGA